UAGUUGUGUGGGUGUGUCACAAUAUUGUGUUGUUACUUGUUCUAGUUGUCAAAAAUCAAAAUAUAUAGUUACGUUCUAUAAGUGUUAAUUUAACUCGAUAACUGAUUUAUUAAUUAUUUUCACUAAGUGAAUUUAGUUUUGUUGUACUGUAGUUAUCUCCAAUAUGGGAAAUAUUCACACCGUCGGGCCUAAUGAAGCACUUAUAGUAUCAGGGGGUUGCUUCGGGUCUACCCAGAAGAGAACUAUAGUGGGUGGCUGGGCGUGGGCCUGGUGUCUCGUGACUGAUGUUCAACGUAUCUCACUUGAGGUUAUGACAUUGAACCCAAUGUGUGAGUAUGUGGAAACAGCCCAGGGUGUUCCCUUAACUGUGACCGGAGUCGCGCAAUGUAAGAUCAUGAACGAGGAUGAGUUGCUCACCACCGCCUGCGAACAGUUCCUGGGGAAAACUGUGAAAGAGAUCAAGAUGACAAUCCUUCAAACCCUCGAAGGCCACUUGCGUGCUAUAUUAGGAACGCUUACAGUCGAAGAGGUGUACAAAGACAGGGACCAGUUUGCUGGCCUUGUUCGGGAAGUCGCAGCACCGGACGUGGGUCGGAUGGGCAUCGAGAUAUUGUCCUUCACGAUCAAGGACGUCUACGAUGACGUCCAGUACUUAGCCAGUCUGGGCAAGUCGCAGACAGCGGUGGUGAAGAGGGAUGCUGAUAUCGGAGUCGCACAGGCCAAUAGAGAUGCGGGGAUAAGAGAAGCGGAGUGCGAGAAAAGUGCAAUGGAUGUAAAAUAUUCUAUGGACACGAAAAUAGAAGACAACACCAGACUUUUCAAACUACAAAAGGCACAGUUUGACCAAGAGAUUAACACUGCUAAAGCCGAAGCUGCUUUAGCUUACGAGUUACAAGCAGCUAAAAUAAAACAGAAAAUUCGAAACGAAGAAAUUCAAAUAGAAGUUGUGGAGCGUCGCAAGCAAAUCGAGGUUGAACAACAAGAGAUCUUGAGACGCGAAGAAGAGUUGGCAGCGACGAUCCGUCUGCCCGCGGAGGCGGAGGCGUACCGUCUGCAGGCUAUCGCUGAAGGAAAACGAACGCAAACAGUGGAAGCGGCAAAGGCAGACGCUGAGCGCAUUAAAGUGCUAGGUCUAGCUGAAGCUACGGCUAUAGGCGACGUAGGGAAAGCUGACGCCGAGCGGAUGUUGGCGAAGGCUAAAGUAUACAAGCAGUACGGCGACGCAGCGAUUAUGGCGCUUGUUCUUGAAGCUUUGCCUAAGAUCGCAGCAGAAGUAUCCGCCCCGUUGUCUAAAACAGACGAAAUCGUGUUAGUGGGUGACAAUGGCGCCACGGGUGAAGUGGCUCGUCUCGCUGGUGGUAUCCCACCCGCUGUGAGAUCUCUGACUGGUCUGGACAUCAAUCAAGUGCUGAAGAGACUCCACCCGGGAGGAAACGAAGAGCCCAAUUUGGCUGCAGCGACCAGCAAGAAGAAGGAGGUAGCGGCGUUCUGAGCUGAAGUUGCGCUAUAUCUAUAACGUGCCAUAUUUUAUUUCAUAUUAUACGUGUUUGAUGCAUAAAUGCAGUUACCUACAAGAUGUUAUAUUUUAUUUCCUAGACAUGAUUUAAGAUUUUUUUAACGUAAAACGUAAUAUAUUUAAAACUUUUUGUUCGUUAAUAUCCGUAAUGUCAGGCAUUUUUCAAUGUACUUGACAAAUAACAAAAAAACCGAUAUCUAUUUUAGUAUUUAAUGUCAUAAAUUAAAAAAAAAAUGUCUUCUAUAUAAUCUUUGUGGAUGUAGACUUGUAGCGUUAGAUUUUGUACUUUAUCUAAAAAAGUAAACAGAGUGUUCUAUAGCACUGCCUUCUUGUAGACACGUUAACUAUACCUUCUUUAAAAAUUAUAAUAAAGUAACAUUCAAAACGUCUUCUUUAUAGAUCCUUAAUAAGUAUAGUUGUGUUAGUGUUGUACCAAUGUACCAAUGAUAUAUCAAGAACAAAUGUUGUAAAAUCUUAGGUGUGGUGUGAUUUUAAUAUGUCGAUGCUCAGUCGUUUUCAGUGUGUCAAUCAACCUUUAAUAUUAUUCUGAAUAUAAUGCACAAAUGUUGGUGUUUAUGUUUUGUUUUUAUGAUAAUAAUUUACUUUACAAAUGUAUUUAAUGAUAGCAAUUAUAAUAUGUGUGAACAGAUA